CUAGCGUUGCAAUGGGUGCUAUAAUAGAACGCACACGAUCUAUGGCUAUUUUUGCAAGCUGCGACCGAGAGUAAAGAUCUCACCCUUACUCGCACAGUGCCAGGUGAAAUACGCAUGGGAUACCGAGAGGGUGACCGCCGCAUUUCAUACAGUUCAAUAUAAGGCGCGUUUUUUGAGCGGCGUGCCCCGCUACUCAUUGGACUAUAAUCAGUUACAAGUAUGCAAGAGAGACACCUGCUAACCUCCACUAGAUUUGCGCAACUUGAAGAUCGCAAUCGCCGGAUCUCUGUUUAUUAGUUACUUUUGCCUCUAUAAGAUAAUAGUCUCGGAGUUGGAGGAAGUGCGGCGGCGGCUGGCCGAUACAUCGAUAGGCUCAGUAUAGAUACACUGUGUGUACUGCUAUAUUGUAUAUCUAUGCCUAUAACACAUACGUAUACAUACAAAGCUAUACAAUACAUCAAUCCCGAGUCAUUGUGAUGAACGUCGGUUGUUGCAGACGGCCCGCGGAUUCCUAGCGUCGGAGGCCUGCUCGGAAUCGUCCCUCCGGGUUCUGCCCCCCGAGCUCUCGCCGUUGGGUAAACAAAGCGCCCGCGGAUCCGCGAGGCUGGACAACAACUUUUAUUGCACGCCUUGGGCUUCAUGAUAAAAAGAACAAUGAUCAAUUUGCGAAGAUUCAUAGAUAUUGGUGCUAACUUGACGGAUCCCAUGUAUCAAGGUAUUUACAAUGGCUCGCAGAAGCAUCCACCCGAUCUUGAUAAAGUUCUAGAACGAAGCUGGAACAACAACCUGUCAAAAAUCAUCAUAACUGCCGGUAGCUUGGAGGAGAGUAAAAAAGCUCUAGAACUCGCAAAAACAGAUGACAGACUAUUUUCAACCGUUGGCUGUCAUCCUACUAGAUGUAAUGAAAUAGAAGAGUCAGGAGAUUCGGAUGCUUAUUUGGAUGAGCUGUACGAGCUCGCUGUUAACAAUAAAAAUAAAAUCAUAGCUAUAGGAGAAAUGGGAUUAGAUUAUGAUAGAUUGCAAUUCUGUUCCAAAGAAACUCAAAAAAAGUACUUCGAGAUGCAGUUAUCCUUGUGUUCAAGACUCAAAUUACCUAUGUUUUUGCACUGCAGAAAUGCAGCUGAAGAUUUUGUACGUAUUUUAAGAGAAAACAAAGAUAAGUUAACUAAUGGUGUUGUUCAUUCAUUUGAUGGAAAUACAGAAGAUGCGUACAGCAUGUUACAGUUAGGGCUUUAUAUUGGAAUCAAUGGCUGUUCGCUCAAGACUGAAGAAAAUAUGUUUGUUGUCACAACGAUACCAUCAGACAGGCUUGUAAUAGAAACAGACUGUCCAUGGUGUGAAGUUAGACCGACACAUGCUUCAGCCAAAGAUAUUGUUACACAUUUUCCUGCUGUUAAAAAAGAAAAGUGGCAACCGGAUCGAAUGGUAAAAGGAAGAAAUGAACCUUGCAAUAUCGUACAAAUAUUAGAAGUCCUUGCAAGUGUGAGAGAGGAAGAAGAAGAGUAUCUUUGCAACCAAAUUUACAAGAAUACAAUGAAGCUAUUUUUUCCAUAUGAGUUGUAACCUGCAUUUACUAGACUGCUAAGCAGAAGUUUGUACAAUGAAAAGUGCAUCUUAAUCAAUAUACAAAAUGUGCAUUAUUAAAUAUGAAUUUAUGCUGAAAGUGAUACAAAACGCGAAGUAUUGACUCGAAAUAUUUAAAGUGCUUUUGCUGAUAGAUGAUGAACGCUCAUCAUCUUAAGACAUAAAUUGUGCUGACGUGAAUUGUAAGCUUCAAUAUUUGAAGGAUCUCUUUCAAUGUAAUUUUCUAUUGUAUUAUUGUUAUUUCAGUUUUUAUUCUUUAUAUUGGUAACCAAUCUUUACUCAUUAUUAUUGAUUGCAUA